AUGUAUAUAGCAGCGAACUUGCAUAUUUUCCGUCACAUAAAAAUGGCCGCCAUCUUGCCGAUUCUUACACACGUGUUAUUUUGCCGCGCGCAUUAUUAUUCUCCGGAGACAAUGAAAUCAGAAGAGCGCGAACGCUUUCUUGAAUGGCAUGCUGAUAUGCGACAAAAAAACACCGUGUUCGAUUUCCAACGUGAGAUCAUUCGCUAAUGUCGUACCGACGUUGAUAUUCUUCGACAAGCAUGUAUGGCCUUCAGAAAAAUUUUUAUUGAUCGUGUAAAUGUAUGUCCGUUCGAGGAAUGCAUGACAAUUGCUUCGACGUGCAUGACUGUUUUUCGGAAGAACUUUUUGCAACAAAAUACGAUAGUGGUCAUUCCAACUGGCGGAUACAGAAAAGCAAUCAAUCAUUCCCGUAAAGCUCUGCAGUGGUUGCUAUGGAAAGAACGUGAGCUCGGACAUUCUAUAAACCACGUAGGGCGCGCGCGCGAAUAUCGUACAAUCGACGGCACGCUCGUCGAUGGAUAUUACGAAACGCCUGAUACAGAGACGCCUCAACGUCAUGUGCUACAAUUUCACGGAUGUUUUUGGCACGGAUGCCCGUCUUGCUUUCCUAUGAAUCGCGAUAGACCACUUUCUACAUCGGAUUGCAAGGAUACGAUUGACUCACGUUACGAGCGAACUCUCGCAAUCUCGUGGAGACUUCGGCAACGGAAAUACUUUGUGAUAGAAAAGUGGGAGUGCUCUUUCGAUCGCGAUAUGCGAGAUAAUCGCGAAAUGCGCGAAUAUCUCGAGAACCAUCCGAUGGUGGAAAGGCCUCCGCUCGAUCCGCGCGAUGCAUUUUUCGGUGGACGCACGGGGAAUAUUGUGACGCGCUAUGAGGUUACAGGUAUGGAAAAAAUACGAUACGUGGACGUAAGCUCCUUGUACCCAAAUGUUUUGAAAACAGAUGCUUUCCCGAUUGGUCAUCCUGAUAUUUAUGUCGGCGAGGAAUGUUCCGCAUUAAUCGGGAGGGCGCCGAAUUAUAAUUUUAAUACGAUCGAAGGUCUCAAAGUACGGUGCAAAGUACUUCCACCGCGUGAUUUAUUUCAUCCUGUACUCCCAUAUCGCGCGCAGGGAAAAUUGCUUUUUGCAUUAUGUCGCAGUUGCUGUGAAACAUUGUCACAAUCGGCCUGUACGCAUAACAAUGCUAAGGAACGCGAAUUCGAGGGUACGUGGGUUUCCUGCGAAUUACGCAAGGCCGUCGAAAAGGAUUAUCACGUAACGGCUGUAAGUGAGAUUUGGCAAUAUAAAGUUAGUCAAUUCGAUCAUACGACCCGUCAAGGUGGAUUGUUCGCCGAGUAUAUAAAUACAUUUUUGCAACUUAAACAAGAAGCCAGCGGGUGGCCGAGCGAAUGCGGGGAAAACGACGACGAUGCUAAAGAAAGAUAUCUGCGGGAGUAUGAGAAAACCGAAGGUAUCGUUCUUGAUAAACGUAACGUCGCGCGGAAUCCCGGUUUACGUUCUGUCGCGAAACUGUGCUUAAAUUCUUUUUGGGGCAAAUUUGGUCAGCGCUCCAAUUUACCUAAUACCGAGGUCGUGAGAACGCCUCAACGUUUUAUAGCCUUGCUGACAAGUGCCGAGCAUGAAAUAACCGACAUAUUACCCGUAAACGAUGAGGUAAUAUAUGUUUCAUGGCGAUUGCGACAAGAAGCUGUUGUUUCCUCCCCGCUGACUAAUGUCGUGAUAGCGGCGUAUACGACGGCCCAAGCUCGUUUAACGUUAUAUUCUUAUUUAGAGCGAUUAGAUCGUCGCGUUUUGUAUUAUGAUACGGAUUCAUGUAUUUACGUGAGCAGCGAUGACCCGAACGAGUAUAAACCACGUACGGGAAAUUUUCUAGGCGAUAUGACCGAUGAACUCGAGAGCUACGGGAGCGGCAGCUAUAUCGAGGCGUUCGUGUCCGGUGGUCCGAAAUUUUAUGCAUAUGUUGUACGCGCACCAGACGGUCGAACGCACGAGUCAUGUAAAGUUAAAGGCAUAACCCAAAAUUACGAAAAUUCGCGGUUAGUCAAUUUUAAUAGUAUUGGGAAUUGAUUGCUAACUAAAGAGAGAGUACGAUAAAAUGAAGAGAACAAAGAAGAAUUGGCUGGAACUUCAAUAAACCUACGUUUUAGAGCAAUUCGUCGCACCGCGUUUCAUGAGAUCGUAACACGGGACGAAACUAAAGUAUACGAGCCUGUAUUACUAAAACGUAGGUUUAUUGAUAGUCAUUGUUCGUUGCCAUAUGGAUAUAUAAUAGAACGUUAAUUUUUCUCGGCUUUCGUUUUUAUCGAUGUAUAUAGCAGCGAAUUUGCAUAUUUUCCGUCACAUAAGAAGUUUUGUACAUUGCGAAAUUAUUAUUUACAUUUAAACAUAAGUAGAAUAUUUAAAAAAAUUUUUUAUUUUAUAUCGCUUAUAUAAAGACAUUUACUAUUUUCCUAUCCUUUCUCUCCUCGUCCAAGUGACGUCAUAAAGCUCUAAAACCAUCGUAAUCGCAACCUGCACACACUUGCUUUUUACGACCCCUUCUAUUCUUGUGACGUCUCCAUUCUCGGCGACCACCAUCUUGCCGAUUCUUACACACGUGUUAUUUAGCCGCGUUUUUCCCUCUCACUCAGAAACAAUGCUCCUCAUCCAAUCAAAUUGCCGGCCACUAUAGGGAAGCCAAUCAGAGCGCAGGGUCCGCUAUGC